AUGGACUUAUCGGAUGUAUUCACUGCGAUGGCCACGAUGCCGGCCACUUCACCACCAAACUCUUCUUUGGAGAGCGUCAACCAGACCUCCUCCUCCUCGCCCAGAUCUCCUCCUCUACCUCCCCACUCGCAGGUGGCGUCGGUGCUCAUCGUGAUGGUGGUGACGGUCAUCAUACUGGGGACAGUGGUGGGAAACGUGCUGGUCGUGGUGGCGGUUUUCACCAGCCGAGCCCUGAGGCCGCCUCAGAACCUCUUCCUGGUGUCUCUGGCUUCGGCGGACAUUCUGGUGGCGACGCUGGUCAUCCCCUUCUCAUUGGCCAACGAGGUCAUGGGCUACUGGUACUUUGGUUCCACCUGGUGCUCCUUCUACCUGGCCCUGGACGUCCUCUUCUGCACCUCCUCCAUCGUCCACCUGUGCGCCAUCAGCCUCGACCGCUACUGGUCUGUCACCAAAGCCGUCAGCUACAACCGCAAGCGGACGCCGAAGCGGAUCAAAGCGAUGAUCAGCGUGGUGUGGCUCAUAUCCAUCGUCAUCUCCUCCCCGCCGCUCCUCAUGACGCAGAAGGAGGAGGCUCCGUGGUCGGAGGCGGACGGCGACAGCGCCCCGAAGCAGGAGUGCCUCCUCAACAACCAGACGUGGUACAUCCUGUCCUCCUGCCUCGUGUCCUUCUUCGCCCCGGGCGUCAUCAUGAUACUCGUCUACUGCAAGAUCUACCGCGUCGCCAAGCAGCGGGCCUCCACCGUGUUCGUGGCGAAGAACGUGGUGGAGCGGCAGCCGUCGCAGUCCGAGACCUGCUUCGAGGGCAGGGCCAGGGCCUGCCACAGAAAAGGAGGCGGCUUCGGCGGUGAAUCCAGGUACGAGGUGGAGAGCCCGCGGCCCGCCAACCGACACAGCUCCUCCAACGUGGACAGCAGCAGCAGCAGGAGAGGAGAGCUGGACGACAUCGACUUGGAGGAGAGGAGCUGCGAGGCCGACAUAAAAGCAUCCUCCUCGUUCUCCUCGGCGCUACGCUUCCCCAGGAGAGCUGCCGGUGGAAGCGUGCAAAAGGAAGACGCAGAGGGGUCAUCGAACCGGCUGAAGCCUCCGCCUCAUCCCCCUCCACCCUGCGCCUCCAUCUCGUGGGCAUCCUCAGAGAACUGCUCCCACCACUUCCUCCUCCCGUCCCCGCUGCCUGUGCGCAGCAGGCGGACGUCUCUGUCCAAGAACAAAGUGGCUCAAAUGAGAGAGAAGCGCUUCACCUUCGUUCUGGCGGUGGUGAUGGGGGUGUUCGUCCUCUGCUGGUUCCCGUUCUUCUUCACUUACAGCCUGCACGCGGUCUGCAGGGAGAAGUGCACGAUCCCCGACACGCUCUUCAAUCUGUUUUUCUGGAUCGGAUACUGCAACAGCUGCCUGAACCCCAUCAUAUACACCAUCUUCAACCGGGACUUCAGGAGGGCCUUCAAGAAGAUUUUAUUCCAGUCUCAUAAGGGAACAUAA